AUGUUGCCCCUCGGCCUUCUGACCGCGGCGCAAGGCCACCCUAUGCUGGUUGAGCUCAAGAAUGGCGAGACACUCAACGGCCACUUGGUUCAGUGCGAUACUUGGAUGAAUUUGACCUUGCGCGAAGUCGUGCAAACCAGCCCUGAAGGCGAUAAGUUCAUGCGGUUGCCGGAGGUUUAUGUGAAGGGGAAUAAUAUCAAGUACCUGCGCGUCCCUGACGAGAUUAUUGAUAUUGUGAAGGAGCAGCAACAACAACAGCAUCGCGGGGCCGUGGUGGGAGAGGAAGAGGUGGCGCUACGAGAGGUGGACGGGGUGGCGCGAGGGGUUCAUGAAUGUGACUCCUGUUGGGACAGUCUGAACGGGACGCUGGCGACGGGGAUGGGCGUCGUGCAGAGACACAGGCACUUGCAACGACAACAACAACAACUACUGCUGCUACGAGACUACGAGACUACGACAUGGAGGAACUCGUUCUGGGGCACAUCUCUUGGCAGUCGCUUUGGUGAAAAAGCCAGGCAGGAGGAUGUGGGUGCUCAACAGUUCGAGCACGCUGUUGGCGAUCGUUGCAUGACCCGUCGAAAGCAUGAUUGGGAAGUGUGGGGUGAAGGAAGCCGUGGCAACGCCUUUUCUCCUCAACCAUUACCACAACAGGCCUCCGUGUCGAGCUCUCAGGGACCGGCGAGGGUACAGAUGCAACAUGAAAACGCCCCUGUAACAGCCGACGAUCUCAUCAAGUCAGAGGCUAGUUUCCCGCAAAGAACUUUCCAAGCCAGUACAGAGGUCAUCUACGAAGCAUUGAGAGGCUUGCGAGAACGCCGAGAUGGGGCAAUCAAAAUUAGGCGCUUUGUUGAGCAUCUGGUUAAGGAGCGUGGAGAGCAGCCCAACGAAGCUCUCUACGAGGCAUUAGUUGUCGCCAACUGGCAUACGACGACAGGAUCAGCUGGCGAGCUGAGGGCUAUUAUGAAGGAGAUGAAGAAGCUUGGAAUAAAGUUUUCUGAAAGCUUUUAUCAUAGCGCUUUACGGUUGCUUGCUAUACAUCCCGACUACAUUACCAGAACAAUCAUACUGGACAAGAUGAACGAAGAGGGCAUUCUGCUGAACGAUGACGGCAAGUGCAGCGUUGCGUUAGGAUACUUACGCGACGGUCAGUAUGAAAUGGCCCUGGAUUAUCUGGAUCAGAUCUGUCAUGAAGGAGUGGAUGUGCCUGGUUGGAUGUUUGAUAUCUUUUUCUUCGUCUUGACCAGGCACGGAUUUCUGGAUGAAGCGUUGCACUUGCUGCAAUACCUAGUCGACAGAGCAGAAGGGUUUCUUAAUGCGGUCCCCCUAAAUUCCUGGUACUACUUCCUUGAUGAGUGCAGCAAAGCAUUCUACUAUGAGGGGACCAAGUUUGUCUGGGAGAAUCUCGUUCGGCCCGGCAUACUACACCCGUCUGACGGCGUUAUGAUUAAUGUGCUCAAUACCGCCUCGCGCUACAAUGACGCGGAGUUGGCUACUAAGGUCAUCGAACAACUUUCGGCAAGGAAGAUAAAGUUGACUGCCAACCACUACGAGGCACUCCUCGACUGCUAUGCCAACAUUGGCGACCUUCAGAAUGCGUUCCAAGUACUGUCCAUUAUGGCAGAUGCCGGCAUCAUGCCGGAUCAGUCUAGCACCCGGUCGCUCUAUUUGUUCCUGAAAAGCCACCCCGAGCGAGCCGAUGAGGUUGUUAAAAUCCUCAAUGAGCUCAGCAAAGACCAUCGCAUCCCAGUCGCGGCGAUGAAUGUUGUCCUGGAAGCCCUCCUGAAGGCAGGGGACAUGGUUAAAGCCAUGCACGUGUAUCGGGAUUUGCGGUACUUGUGCAAGGGAGGGCCUAACCAGCAGACAUUCCAGAUGCUCCUGGAGCAGUGCAAGAGCUCGGAGGUGGCGGGCUUCCUGACGUCAGAGAUGCACCAGUUCUCGGUGCGCUCAUCGCCUGAGAUCCUGGACCAUGUGAUCCGGUGCUUUGCAUUCGACGGCCUGCUUGAUGCCGUGCUUAGCUACUUGUCAGAAUGGAACCGUUCGCCCAUGCGUCGUGGAUGGAUUAGCACCCCAACCCUGACGGCGGUGUUGGAGCGGUGCUACAGGGCAAGGGACGUGCGUGUCUGGAGGGUUGUCGAUGAGGCACAGAGGAGGAAUGUCAGAAUCGACCCUCAGAUCAUGGAAGUGCUAGAGGCCGAGAUCCCAAGGGCGGAUGCUUACAGAGAACUGCCAGCUCACGGCUGGGCCACGAGUGAUGAGGCCUAUCAGAGCAAGGAAGUCAGUAGUGAUAGCAAAGAUUAUGCGAGCCGUUAG